GAUUGGUGCUGGCGGUGGUGACGCUCGCUGGUGCUCAGACGGCGGUGGGUGGUCGGUUGGGAGUGCUUGCCUCCGCUGGCCGGGUGGUGCUGGUGCCGGUGGUGACGCCCGCUGGUGCUCGGGCGGCGGUUGGGUGGGGUAUCGUUACCACCACUGACCGGCAGUAUCGGUUUCGACGGCCACGGACGGGGUAACGGGUCUCUGUGCGUCGCCCGGCUCGCUGCGGUGGUGUGCGCUGACCGGCGGGCUCGACCACACCGCGACCACCGCCAUCCCUCCCACCCACCAUCUGUUGUUGUGCCGAGCCGAGCCGGUGCGGUUCUCAGCCGGUACCAUUGCCGCCCACUCAAAUCUCGGCGGAGACGGCGACACCGCGGCGGCGACGGCGGCCGGCGCAUGCGCGCUGGACGGUCUUCUGCUGUGGCCGGCCGGCCGGUCAGUCGGCUCGGUGCAGCGCGCGCGAGGGCAUGGGAGCGGCCCAGUAGCCGAGCGAGCGACUCAGACAGUGAGCAGUGACCGUCCCGUCCGCCGCCGCCCGCUCUGCCACCAUGGUGUCGCCAGCGCCGCUGCUGCUGCUGCUGCUCGGCGCAGUAGCCACUCACGGAAAAGCGCGGUACCGAAUCGACUGCGAGCGGGAACACAUGUACGCCAUCGUGGACGUCACACCCAGCAUGAAACAGCUCUACCUACACCGGCUCAAACACUUCCCAGGCUGUGAACCGGAUAUGAGAAACGAAAAGGCUAUAUUCCAUAUCAAUUUGGCAAACACCAACGAUUUCAGCGCCUGUGGAGUUACCAAGAUCGUCAACACUAAGACGGGCCAGAGGAUGUACUCUCACCAGGUAGUGAUUGAACACGAAUCGGGAAUGAAGGAGUCUCUGCGCCUGCACUGCGCGUACAACGGUAACGGCACCGUCCAGCACGAGGAUCACAACAUCGUCCGGCGGUCGCCGCAGGGAGACGGCUGGCCCAGCGGCUUCCAGGAGCCCGAGAUCCUGGAGAUCACGGAGGAGAUCACGGCCACGGCGCCGGAGCCGGUGCUCGGAGUGGUGGUCCGUCAGGACGGCCAGGAAAUCGACACGUCGCUGAACGUGCGUCCCGGAGCGCCGCUCGACAUGGAGAUCUCGCUGGACGACAACUCGUCCAGCACGUACGGCAUCAUCGUCAGCGACAUGAUCGUCAGCGAUACUAGGAAACAGGAGGAGCUGCUGCUCACCAACGGAUGUUCCGUGGAUCCGUACCUGUUUGGGAACUUUGCCACCGAGACUGGCGACAAGCUCAAGGCCAACUUCCGGGCGUUCAAGUUCCCUGAGACCAACUACGUGCUCUUCAAGGGCAUCCUGAAUGUGUGCAUUGACGUCUGUGAAGGGGUGCAGUGCAGUAACGGAGAGCUGGGUUACGGCCGCCGCCGGCGUCGCGCCGUCACUCCCAGCAGCGACCCGAACCAGGUGUUCCAGGUGGAGAUGAGUACCAUCCUCAACGUCCAGUUCGAGGACGCCGAGACCAACGUCAAGGCCGGUUUCAUUGACGCCGAAGAGCCCUUCUCAAUCGGCUACGUCGAUCCCCUGACCUACUUCGCCGGCCGGCGCGGCGAACGGGGCGUCAUCUAUAGCUCAGCGCCGGCGACAAUAGUACCAGCAACGGCCGCCGCCCUCCUGGUGGCGCUGCUUGUAGCUCUGUAGGCGGCCGCGUUUCAAGCUGGAUGCGUUGACUGGGAUUGUCCGUGGCAUUUCGCCACUAGAAUCUUCGCCUUCAACAUCCGAGUGAAUCCAUCUUGGCGCAGCUUUAAGUUAUUUUUAGUUCAUCGAACCAUAAAUCAAUAGUCUUCCAUAAGGAUCUGGUCUCUCGCUUAUUCCGAUGGAAGCUAACAUCGUUAUUGUAGGAACCUGUUCGGUUAUUCAACUCAUUGCAUUUUGGCAUAAUUUUCUACCAGUCUGCCGGGUAUCAGACGCAUACGUCCAAAUCGUCAGCUGGGUUAGUUCCGUCUCUGAAGUGCUGUGCUAAUGCAGGCGAAAUUCUAGCUAGCGUCGGAGCAUAACGACUAGUGGAAGCUCCCGACUGGCCUUAGUGUAAGCAUCACUCACACAGACUCGGUAAGAGCAAUAACCGUGCCUUGUGUGGCUGCCGAUCCUUCGGCAGCUGCCCUGGAGUGAGUGUCUUACUGACAGUUAACAGAGCGCCACAGCGGCGACAUGGAAAAUGUGAUAUAGCGCGUAGAUUGCUGACCUCAGCGGGAUUUUCGUAAGCCGGCCGUCUCGGUUUAUUAGCAAAGCACAUGAAUGACGCGAGUCCGACUGGUCGCUGCGGCCUGUCACUCAGCUGGCUCAUUACUGGCGCAGCUAAUCCGAACGGUGGCGAAUAUGGCGCGGUCAAUCCGAGCAGAGACGAACGCGGCGCGGCGAGCGGCCCCGGACGUCACGUGACCGGUUCAAGUGCUGUUGUUGCCCCGAACCGCGCCUGGCGCCGGCUGGCCGCCCCCACACGUGCAGACACACACACAGGGGCGCACUGGACCGUCGCCGUCGCUUCCUCGCGGUGCGGACGGCGGAACGGCCGGCCUGUUGUGUGGUGCGCGUGUGUGCCGUGCCGCCUGGAGUCCCGGGUCGCGGGCAGGCGGCGUCCCCGACACGAGUGUGACGUGCGUGAACUAAACGGACUGGAGCAGUGAUGAGAGUGGUCAUUACUACGUUGUGUAUGUAAUGUAUGCCCUGUGUAUCUAAUGCAUUAUGUACCAUUGAAGGCUUACUAACAAAUAAAUACAACCAUAAACACUA